AUUGACGGUUCAGAUGCGGUCUUCCUCUCUCUCCUCCACUGCUUGCUCCGUCUUCAACUUGUUUAUAAGCACUCUACCACAAACCUCCCUUCUAUUUUUCCCUCAUCUUCGCUCUACGGGCCUUUGCUUGCAGCAGUUUCCCAUUUUCCCUCUUUCCGACUUCGUGCUCUUUUUUGGUUCUCGUUUCAUCCUCUCAUCUCUCUGAAACAAUGUCGGCCGAGAAGGAGAGAGGCGGCCACGUUUACAUGGCCAAGCUCGCCGAGCAGGCUGAGAGAUAUGAGGAAAUGGUUGACUUCAUGAAGAAAGUAGCAGAGCUUGAUCUUGAUCUAACUGUGGAAGAAAGGAACCUCCUCUCAGUAGGAUAUAAAAAUGUCAUUGGUUCACGGCGAGCCUCAUGGCGCAUAAUGUCUUCAAUUGAGCAGAAGGAAGAAUCUAAGGGAAACGAACAAAAUGUCAAACAGAUCAAGCAUUAUCGCCAAAAGGUUGAGGAGGAACUAUCCAAGAUUUGCGGUGACAUUCUGACAAUCAUUGAUGAGCAUCUGAUUCCAUCUGCCUCAUCAGGGGAAGCCACUGUUUUCUACUACAAGAUGAAGGGUGACUAUUAUCGGUAUCUUGCUGAGUUCAAGGCGGACGAAGAAAAGAAAGAGGCAGCUGAUCAGUCACUGAAAGCAUACGAGGCUGCUUCAGCCACUGCAAACAAAGAUCUUCCAUCAACACACCCAAUCCGUCUUGGGCUUGCACUCAACUUCUCUGUCUUCUAUUAUGAGAUCAUGAACUCUCCUGAAAGGGCCUGUCAUUUGGCUAAACAAGCCUUUGAUGAGGCAAUUGCAGAUUUAGACAGCCUGAGCGAAGAGUCAUACAAGGACAGCACUUUGAUCAUGCAGUUGUUAAGAGACAACCUGACUCUCUGGACCUCUGAUCUGCCUGAGGAUGGAGGUGAAGAGAACGGCAAAGCUGACGAGUCCAAACCUGCUGAACCCGAGAAGGAGCAGAAGGAAUAAAGUACUGAUAAACCUGUACAAUGCGGACUGUGACCACUUCAUUAUAUCCAUUGAAGGCCAGAGAAGUUGGGUUUUGGGCUGUCCUGUUAUUUUCAACUUUUUCUUUCUACCGCUUUAUUAUUCUUUUCUAGUGAACUGGCCAGUUUUAGUGAGGGAUUCUUUACAUGAACUCAGUUUACUUUAAGCAUCUUUUCUUUUGUGCUCAUUAGUUUUAAGAUGAUUCAGUUUAUCAUCGUUUUGUUUUGCAAGUAGAAAGUCGUUUCUUUUACUCCCUGAGUGUUUCCCGGAAUUUGGACAUAUUUUUUCUUUUUCUUUUUAUGUUUUUAACUAUUGAGCGUUUGAUAAAAUUUUGUCUAGCCUUGUACCAAUCAGAAAUCUGGUCGCCUCUGUAAAUAGGAGCCAGGACAGAUUGAUUAAAGUGAGUUCUUUGUAUAUGCCAGGAAGAAUUACCUGGGCUUUCCUUCUA